AUGGCGAUCAUCCAUUAGACCGACCGGGCACCACACGCAUGAAAUACGAGGACAACUUUUUGGAAGAUCGCUCGAGGAGGAGAAGAUUGUACCUGUGAGUUUUUCUACUGUAUUUCCAAUUUCGACCAAGGUUUCUAAGCUGGGCUUCCAUGGUCUACGAGAACGUCGUUUAUGGUAGAUCAUGGAAUAUAAUGACCUGGAAAGAGAGCGUAUCCCCUUUCUUCUUUAGUUCAGGACCAGCGGACUUGCAGGAGACUCGGGGAGGAAUAACCGGGCUGGCACCCAUGUAGUCAAAGUCAAGUGGUUCUCCUCGCUUCACAAUAAUAUUCUAACCAACCUAUACGGCUUCCUGCUAUGUUGCCCGUCGGCUUGAGGUCCAAGUGACACCACAAGGAAAUGGACACAGUGGGUUAGAGGUUGACUUUUAUGUUUCAGCUCGCCAGUGUUGUGCUAUCGCUCUCCCUCAUGUCUUAUCAGGGGGGGGAAUUAGCGUCGCGUCUCCUCGGCUGGUUCAGUGUGUGUGUAUAGAGGGCUAGCUUCAUGGAGAGGCCAUUGCACGGGAUUGUACUUCGCUUCUCUCAACCCACCAGCCUCAGCCAGUCGCCGAGGGAGCUGAGCCUCCAUUAGCGACACAUUGUAGCUGGCAUAGCCGCCGGUCCACGGCCAGUCACUCACCGUUGGAGAAAAGCCGUGAUGUCCACCUCCCGGCGGCUCUCAGUACAUUAAAAAACACACUGUCUGAUCUGGGAUGGGGCUUUGAGAUGUUUCUCCAACGUUUGGAAAGUGAUAUAUUUUGAGAACGUUUUGGGAAUUGAAUUUAGCCGGAGUUUGGCGGUGCGGUGGUGGGCUCCUGACCAUUGUUGUGGACGCGUGCGGCUGUCAGUGGUCUGGAGUCAGGGUUCCCUGAUUUUCCAGGGAGUGCCCCCUCCCCGUAACCAUGGAGGUCCUGCAGUGUGAUGGCUGCGACUUCCAUGCAGAAUCGUACGAUGACCUGAAGAUCCAUAUCCAGGAGGUACACACAGCCUUCCUGCAGCCCGCCGACGCUGACGAGUCUGAGUCUCCGAAAGACGACGACGAGGAAGAGGUUCCCGACGAGGAGGAGGAGGACGACCAAGAAUCUUACGACAAGCAUUCCUCGUCUUCUCUACCUGGAAUGAGUCCAAAUUCGGAGACCCCCAAACAAAAAGACCCAUCUGAAUCCACCCUGUCGUUUUACCAGUGCAAGUUCUGCGUGCGGUACUUCAGGUCGAAAUCCUUUUUAAAGAACCAUACCAAAAAGGUCCACAACAUUAGGGACGACCAGUCGGAAGUCCACAAUUCCCGCGAGACGUCGAAAGAUCCCAGCUACACCGUCGUAACGCACAGUGACCAUUCAAAGGUGUACUCCUGCCAAUAUUGCACGUACAAAUCCCCACGCAAAGCAAGGAUCAUCAAACACCAAAUAACGUACCACCAGGUUCCUUCUGAAGGAGCCGAAGAUCAUUCAAACGAUGCGGCGGCUGGGGACGACUGCCUCUCGGCUGGUGCAUACCUCGGUGGUACUUUCGCUUGCGAGUGGUGUGACUUUCAGACCGACGAGAAGGACGGCUGGACGGAUCACGUGGCGAAGGAACACAGCGACAAGGUCAAGAUCAUUUCUUCCGUUGAGGAACUCGAAGGAGAGGCAAGCUCAUCCAAGCCGGAUUCCCCUUCCUCCCCCAGAAGUCCUGCUUCCGAGGGAGGAAUAGAUGGUUUUACGGGUAGAGUAACGCCAGUAAACAACAUGGGAAUGCCAGAUAACAACGCAUCAGUGUUUCAUUACGUAAUGCCCAAUAGCACGGGGUCGUCCAUUUUGUCAAAAAGGUUUCCCAUGGCCGAUUCAAAUUGUAGUCCCGUCCUCGAGACGGACGCCACUUUGCGGAAUGAAGAAGACUCUAGGAGCAGCAUGGAAGAAGACGAAGAGGAGUUGGUUGACAUUGACGAUCCAAGUUACACCGGGACCUUGUCGGCUGACGUGAAGCAACUGUUGACUGACGAGGACAACAAGGUACUGGAGACAAAAGGGGUACAGAUCCGAAAGCAGAUAAACCGCUUCCAAUGUCCCUUCUGUUCUUUCCUCACCAUGCAUCGGCGGAGCAUUUCUCGCCACAUUGAAAACAUCCACUUUUCUGGUAAAACCACUGUUUAUAAAUGUGACGAAUGCCCCUUUAUUUGUACAAGCUCUCUGAAGUUAGGCACUCACAAGCAGAGCCACAGUGUUUCAGACGUGGAUACCAUGGACAUAACCAACAGCAUGGACACACAAAAUGAACCGGCUGCAGAGUCCCUUAAUGGGGGGAACGUUAUUGCUAAAGUCAACGGGAAAAGGUCAAGUCCAGCGAAUGACCAUCCGAAUCCCCACCAGUGUUCCCUCUGCAGUUUCUCCACCACCACACUGAAAGGCCUCAGGGUCCAUCAGCAGCAUAAGCACUCCUACUGUGAUGAUGUCGAGACCGAAGCCAUUGAAGAGGCAUCGGCUGACCAGCCGGAUACUGAAGUUGAGAACUCGCCCACCUUUUUACAAAAAACCCAGACUUCCAUUCUAAGGCCUUCCACCAAAAAGAACCCUGCUACAGGAAAAAGGGCAAGAAAGUCCAUCAACGAUUUGCCUUUAGAUUUGUCCUCGGUGAAGAAACGAACAAGAAUUGACGAAAUUGCCAGCAAUCUUCAGAGUAAGAUCAGCCAAAGCCAACAGGAUAUGAUUAUAAAUCUCGACGAACUCGACGAUGAGGAAGGGAGUGGAAGCCACAGAGUGGAUGAUCACGACGAUAGUAACCUCACUGGUAUAAAUCCAGUCUUCACAUAUAACAUCCAGCAAAUUCACGUAAGCGAACCCACCAUUCAGGGUGGCAGAAUAGGUAAACGGAAAAGCAACCCCAAGUCUAAAGCACGCAACAUCCCCAUUUCGUUAACCCUCUCUGACGAUAGCGAAAAUGUAUCCGGGGAUCAACCUGAGCUCCAGGACAACGGUAACCAGGAUAGUAGAGAGACCUUCCAAGAAAAUGCGGAAUAUUCCGAGGAUCCCGGAGCGGUCCGUUUUUACUGUAAACACUGUGAUUACCAUAACAAGUCUGCCCGCAGUGUGAGCACCCACUACCAGAGAAUGCACCCUUACAUCAAGUUCAGCUUUAAGUACAUCCUGGAUCCAGAGGACCAUAGUGCUGUCUUCCGCUGCCUAGAGUGCUACAUUGAAUACCCCAAUUACAACGAUCUACACCAACACUACAUGGAUCACCAUCCAGAAGCUAGCAAUGUGCUCAACUUUAACCAGCCAGACCUUGUUUACAUGUGCCGCUUCUGUGCAUAUACUAGCCCUAAUGUUAGGAGCCUCAUGCCCCAUUACCAAAGAAUGCAUCCCACGGUGAAAAUAAACAAUGCCAUGAUCUUCUCCAGCUAUGUAGUGGAACAAUCUCAGAAAACGGGUGAAUCUCAAACCCUGCGGGAAAUAUUAAACUCUGGCCCCAAGAACUUCACCUCUGCCACCUCUACCCCUAGAUCUUCCUCAAGCCCAGCCCUGAAAUCGCCCUCCAAGACUCCCGAAGCUAGUGUUGACUCGGAGGCUCUGAAAGAAGCGAUGGGUGGUAAUGUGGUGGUCUAUGAAUGUGAUGUCUGUUCCUUUGCUAGCCCCAACAUGCACUCUGUUUUGGUCCACUACCAGAAGAAACACCCCGAGCAAAAGGCCUCUUAUUUCCGUAUACAAAAAACCAUGAAGAUUAUCACAACGGAUAAAGCCCAGUCACCAGCCGCCAACUCCUCGUUUAAUGUUAGUUCAACUUCCCCGCCUUCGAAGUCUUCAGGUGCCACGACAUAUGGCACUGAGGAAGAUAUCUACUAUUGUAAACACUGUGUCUACAGCAACAGAUCUGUUGUGGGCGUCCUUGUCCACUAUCAGAAGAGGCAUCCAGAAGUAAAAGUGACCGCAAAAUAUAUCAAACACGGGGCUCCCACUCCUGUUCUGAUGAAAUUAAUUGAUGAUUUGCAAAUUGCAACUCCAAAGCAGUUCUCAAAGCCGUUUCAAAGCAACGGCUACGACGGAUCGUUUAACUCAAGUCCUAAAAUUGGUAACGGCGAAAAGGGUGAAGCAGAGAUGCUCUUCUUUUGUCAGCACUGUGACUACGGCAACCGCACGGUUAAAGGAGUGCUAAUUCACUACCAGAAGAAGCAUCGCGACGCCAAGGCCAACGCGGACCUCGUACGCCGUCACACCGCCGUGGUCCGGAGUCAGCGCGAGCGCGCUCAGAUGGUCCAGUCGGGCACCGUAGCAACCACCAUCACCCAAGCCCCGGUGGAUCCGGAGAGCUCCGGAGAGCUCCGGUCUCUCCAGUGCAGACACUGUCCCUACACGUCCCCCUAUGUGUACGCCUUAAAGAAGCAUCUCAAGAAAGAGCACCCUACUGUGAAGGCCACCGCGAUGACCAUACUGCAUUGGGCCUACCAAGACGGUAUCCUUGAGGCGGGGUAUCACUGCGAGUGGUGCAUCUACUCCCACGCCGAGCCCCAGGGCCUACUGCUGCACUACCAAAGACGCCACCCGGAGCACAACGUGGACUAUACGUACAUGGCUAGCAAGCUUUGGGCCGGACCAGAGACCACGCAGCAAGGACCGAACAACCUGGAAAACAAGCACUUCCGAUGCCAAGAGUGCGCCUUUGAGGCCUGUACCAUUUGGGACAUUACCAGUCACUACCAAGCGGUUCACCCGUGGGCCAUGAAAGCAGAGGAAUCUGUGAUUUUUGAUAUGAUCAAAGGUAAUAUAACGACGGAUAAAAUCCUCCAGCAAUUGGUCAAUGACCAUGCACCUUCCAGCGGGCAGUCUGAAGACGAUGGAGCCCUGAUCAUCGCUUCACCACUCCCAGAAACCAUCUCUCAUCCUACAAACCCACGCCUCUGCAUUUCAAACAAUCCCUAUCAGUGUACUGUAUGUCUCUCCGAAUAUAACAGCUUACACGGCCUCCUCACCCACUAUGGGAAGAAACACCCAGGCAUGAAGGUCAAGGCUGCAGAUUUUGCUCAGGAGGCAGACAUCAACCCGAGUUCGGUGUAUAAGUGUCGUCACUGUCCGUACGUCAACUCUCGAAUCCACGGUGUCCUGACUCACUAUCAGAAACGCCAUCCGUUGGUGAAGGUAACUGCGGAAGACUUUGCUGACGACAUAGAGCACAUCGCCGAUCUGAACGAGGGUGAGGACAAGUGCAAGACCCAGAGGCAAGGCUAUGGAGCAUACAGAUGCAAAAUAUGCACCUACACACACGGGACUUUGGAGAAACUAAAGAUCCACUAUGAGAAGUAUCACAAUCAACCAGCCGCCGAAAUGUUCCCCCAUACUUUCACAUCAUUCUCUCCCAGCAAAGAAAGCGAACCAGUAGCAGAAUGCAGCGUAAGUAACGUAUCCGCAGUGACGGACAUGCUGGAGGUCAAAGAAUAUGAACUCCCUAAGUCCGAAAAACACGCCAUCUUUAAGUGUCAGCUGUGCAAAUACUUCUGCUCCACCCGGAAAGGCAUUGCCCGCCACUACCGAAUCAAACACAACAACGUCCGGGCACAGCCAGAGGGCAAAAACAACGUAUUUAAAUGUGCGCUGUGUUCGUACACCAACCCUAUACGCAAGGGCCUCGCGGCCCAUUACCAGAAGCGCCACGACAUCGAUGCCUAUUACACUCACUGCCUGGCAGCUUCCAAGACGCUCAGCGACAAGCCCGUCAAGGUGAUGGCGCCGGAGAAGGAGACAACGGAGAUGUCGGAGGACCUGCGGUUGGCGGUGGAGACCCGGAAGUGUUCCCUCUGCAGCUUCCAGGCGUUCAGCAGGAAGAGCAUCGUCUCGCACUACAUCAAGCGCCACCCGGGUGUCUUCCCCAAGAAGCAGCACUCCAGCAAGCUCGGCCGCUACUUCACCCUGAUCUACGCCAAAGAGCCGGAGAACCCCCCGGAGACGGCGGCGUUGGAGGAGGAGAUGGAGGAGGAGGAAGAGGAGGAGGUCAAGGAAGAGUUUGAGGUCCAGUCUAUGUCCAAUCAUCAGGCGGACGAGGAAUGGCCGCCCUUCAAGUGUCUCAAAUGCGGCCAGUUGUCCUUUGACACCAUCGAGCUACUUUCUAUGCAUUACAACGACGACCACGGAAGUGACCUGAAGAGGGACUUCCAGUCAAAUGCCGGAGAAGACGGGUCAGAGUUGCAUCAGUGCUCUCACUGUGAGCUGAAGUUUCUGGAGCUGCCUGUCUUGGCGAAGCACAUCGUUGACCACAAUGACGACUUCCAGAAGAAGGCCUUAAAGCAGGAACGAAGGAGACUUCUCAGCCAACAGAAAGCCUUGGAACUGGCCGAAGGGAAAUCUGAGAAGCAGGAGAGCCCUGUUAACAAAGCGCCCAUAGGCUUUAGGUGUAACUUCUGUGUGGAGGUGCACCCAACCCUGCGAGCCAUCUGCAACCACCUGAGGAAGCACGUCCAGUAUGGGGAGUGCGACCGCGUCUUCAUGUCCAUGCAGGGGCUGCGGUCGCACGAGCGCAGCCACUCGGCCAUGGCGCUGUUCAGCCGGGAGGACAAGUACAGCUGCCAGUACUGCCAGUUCGUCUCGCCGUUCAGACACAAUCUGGACAGACACGUGCAGUCUCACCACGGACACCACAAGCCCUUUAAGUGCAAGUUCUGCCCCUUUAAAUCCUCCUACCUGAGCCGCCUGAAGAGCCACCUCCACAAAGCACAUGCUGGCGAACACAGCAGUGCCUACCAGUGCUUGUCGUGCCCCUUCUCCUCCACGACCAUCAGCCUGCUGAAGGAGCACUCCCUCAGGGACCACGGCGAGGAGCUCACGCUCAGCAAGCUGCGGGCCGCCACCCAGGCCGCCCUGCGGACCCCCAAGCUGGCCGGCGACGACGCCGAGCUCCCCGGGGCCCUGGCCCCCGAAGACCCGUUGUACCUGGAGCCGGCCGACGUGCGCCAGCAGCUGACUCACUACCAGAUGGCCUCCCAGCAGUCGUCAGCGCCGGCGCACGGGGGCUCGCCCACGGCGUCCGACAGUCGGCCCGACGCCGUCCUCACCUGUGAGUUCUGUGAGUUCAGCUCGGGAUACAUGCAGAGCCUCCGCCGCCACUACCGCGACCGCCACGGAGGCAAGAAGCUCUUCAAGUGCAAGGACUGCGCCUUCUUCACCUGCUACAAGAACACCUUCACCGUUCACGUGGAGGCGGGCCACGCGCCCAGCGCUGCCGACGAGCCCGCCAGGGACCUGCGCUGCCCACUCUGCCUCUACCACACCAAACACAAGAGCAACAUGAUCGACCACGUCGUCCUGCACAGAGAGGAGCGCACGGUGCCCCUGGAGGUGAGCCGCUCCAAGCUGUCCCGCCACCUGCAGGGCCUGGUGUUCCGCUGCCAGCAGUGCACCUUCACCUGCUCCAGCAACAAGGCCCUGCAGCAGCACCUGCUGAAGCACACCCAGCUCCGGCCCUACCACUGCCAGCUCUGCUACUACGACAGCGGGCGGCGCGACCAGCUGGAGGAGCACCUACGGCUGGAGCACAAGGUGGUCCGGAACUUUGAGCUGAUGGGCCGCGUGAACCUGGACCAGCUGGAGAUGAUGAAGGACUUCAGUAGCAGCGCCGAGGAGGAGGGGGAGACCCAGGAGCAGCAGCAGGAGGAUCAGGAGGAGGGGGAGGAGGGGCUGAUGGCCGUCGACAUGGCGACGGACGGACGGGUGUCUUUCGAGGAGCAGGGAGAAGGUGAAGACGGAGAUGACAUGGAGGCGGCAGAGAGCGCCGAGGCAGAACAGCGAGAAGCGAACGAUGGAGUGAUGGCAGAACACGAGGAAGAGGGGGAGAGAGAGGAAGGGGAGGGGGCAGUCAAGGAGGUGCCGGAGAAGCCUGUCGCUCAAGAAGACAUUGCGUCUCCGGGCAGCUGCUGCAGCAGCAGCAGUGGUCUGACCGGCCUGGAGAAGCGCCUGCCCUGUGAGUUCUGCGGUCGCUGCUUCACCAACAGCACAGAGUGGGAACGACAUGUGCUCCGGCAUGGCAUGUCGUUAAACCCAAUGGACACAGAGCCCAGCGCCGCUUCGGACGUCCUGGAGGCCCCAGCCCCUCCUCCCGCGGAGACCUCCCUCCCGACGGACCCCGGAUUAGAUCUGUCUGGUCACCGAAAGGAGGAGCAGGGGGAGAGGAAGAGGAAGGAGGAGGAGGAGGAGGAGGACAACGGGCCCUCUGCUGACUCCUUGCAGACCACUCCAGACCAGUACAUGGAAAACAAAGAAUCGCUCUAAACCAAAAAAAAGAAAACGAUAAACUGUUUGGUGCAAAAAAAAAAAAGAGUUAGGGCCUCAUUAGAAAUUAGAAGAAGAAAAAAAAAGUAUGGGUUACAAUAAGGGGCUGAGUUUGGUGGUGAAGAUUAUAGUGGAAGUAUCAGUUAAAUAAAGAAGAAA